AUGGCGGCCGUUGCUUUCCUCACCAGAGGCGCACGCGCGCACUCUCCCAUCUUUCGCACGACUCAAUUACGAUCUCCUAUCCUCCGACUAAGCUCGAUAGCUGCGGAAAGAUCAUUCUCAUCCUAUCUUGUCACCCCCAAAGAGCUCAAGGAAGCUCUCAAACAGAACCCUAUGACUAAGAUCUCUACAGCACCAAGAACGGUCGCAGUAUGUGCUUCAUGGUUCUUACCAAACGACGGACGCAACGGUCUCGAUGUCUUCCGUAAAAAGAGGAUACCUAAUUCCAGGUUCUUUGAUCUAGAUAAGGUUAUCGACAAACACUCCCCUUAUCCACAUAUGCUUCCUUCGGCUUCUGAUUUCGCAAAAGCUAUGAGUGGGUUGGGAAUUCGAAGAGAUGAUACAGUUGUGGUUUACGAUUCUGCGGAGAUUGGAAUAUUUAGUGCGCCAAGAGUAGGAUGGACAAUGAAGGCAUUUGGACAUGAUUCGGUUCAUCUUUUAAACAACUUCAAAUUAUGGGUGGAUGAGGGUUAUCCUACUGAAAGCGGGGAGUUUUGGGACGUCGAUACCUGUGUGUAUCCAAUUCCAGAUUUUGACGGAGCACAAGUGGCGGAAUUCGAAGAAGUUAGAGAUGUGGUUUCGGAUCAGAAUAAGGAGGGUGCUGAGGGCGUACAGAUUUUGGAUGCGCGAUCGGCAGGGAGAUGGAGCGGGAAAGACCCAGAACCAAGAGAAGGAUUAUCAUCUGGACAUAUGCCGGGGAGCAUCUCUGUGCCAAUUACUGAGCUGCUGGAUCCGGUCAACAAAACCUUUUUGCCAGGCGAUCAACUACGGAAGGUCUUUGAGAGCAAGGGCGUUGAUCCAAAUAAGCCAAUUAUCAGCUCUUGUGGUACAGGAGUUACUGCUGCGAUCAUCGAUGCCGCUUUGAGUGAGGCCGGAUAUGGUGACGAGAAGAACAGGAAAAUAUACGAUGGUAGCUGGACUGAAUGGGCACAACGUGUCAAACCGUCGGAUGGACUUAUAAUCAAGGAGGAAUAA